GCCGCGCGCGAGCGCAGCAGUGGGAGGCGGCGGCGAGCUGCCGAGUGCAGGCUGCUGGCCGUGACCUCCUGGCUUCGGGCGGGCGUCAGCCCAGCUUCGUCCUUGCCUCGACCUCUCCCCGGUCUGUUGUGAGCCUUCGCUCGGCCCCGGCCUCGAGGGCCGACCGCUCCGCACCCCCUCGGCCUGCCGGGCCUGAGGCCGCGCCCUGCUCCCGCCGUCGGGCCGAACUCGCCGCGUCGGACCCCGCCGCUUGCCACAGGUUGAGGCCCCAGGCUUGGCCUCACCACGAUGUGGCACGAGGCUCGGAAACAUGAGCGGAAGCUUCGAGGUAUGAUGGUCGACUACAAAAAGAGGGCAGAGCGGCGGCGGGAGUACUAUGAAAAGAUCAAGAAGGACCCAGCCCAGUUCCUGCAGGUGCAUGGUCGAGCUUGCAAGGUGCACCUGGAUUCUGCAGUUGCCCUGGCCGCUGAGAGCCCCGUUAACAUGAUGCCCUGGCAGGGGGACACCAACAACAUGAUUGACCGCUUCGAUGUCCGUGCCCACCUGGACCACAUCCCUGACUACACCCCGCCUCUGCUCACCACCAUCUCCCCAGAACAGGAGUCGGACGAGCGGAAAUGUAACUACGAGCGCUACCGAGGCCUGGUACAGAACGACUUUGCUGGCAUCUCAGAGGAGCAGUGCCUGUACCAGAUCUACAUUGACGAGUUGUACGGAGGCCUCCAGAGACCCAGUGAGGAUGAGAAGAAGAAGCUGGCGGAGAAGAAGGCUUCCAUUGGCUACACCUAUGAGGACAGCACGGUGGCCGAGGUGGAGAAGGUGGCAGAGAAGCCGGAGGAGGAGGAGUCACCGGCCGAGGAGGAGAGCAACUCGGAUGAAGAUGAGGUCAUCCCCGACAUCGACGUGGAGGUGGACGUGGACGAACUGAACCAGGAGCAGGUGGCAGAUCUCAACAAACAGGCCACGACCUAUGGCAUGGCCGAUGGCGACUUCGUCAGGAUGCUCCGGAAAGACAAGGAGGAGGCAGAGGCCAUCAAACAUGCCAAGGCCCUUGAGGAGGAGAAGGCCAUGUACUCGGGCCGUCGCUCCCGGCGCCAGCGGAGGGAGUUCCGGGAGAAGCGGCUAAGGGGCCGCAAGAUCAGCCCACCCAGCUACGCCCGCCGAGACAGCCCCACCUAUGACCCCUAUAAGCGGUCGCCCUCGGAAUCCAGCUCCGAAUCCCGCUCCCGCUCCCGCUCCCCGACCCCAGGCCGAGAGGAGAAGAUCACGUUCAUCACCAGUUUUGGGGGCAGCGAUGAGGAGGCAGCCGCAGCCGCAGCUGCAGCAGCUGCGUCAGGGGCCGCCACAGGGAAGCCUCCCGCGCCCCCCCAGCCAGGCGGCCCCGCACCGGGACGUAAUGCCAGCGCCCGCCGCCGCUCCUCCACCUCCUCCUCCUCCUCUUCCGCCUCGAGGACCUCCAGCUCCCGCUCCCGCUCCAGCUCCAGCUCCCGCUCCCGCCGCGGCGGGGGCUCCUACCGCUCUGGCCGCCACGCACGCUCCCGCUCCCGGUCCUGGUCGCGCUCCCGCUCCCGCUCUCGGCGCUACUCGAGAUCCCGCAGCCGCGGCCGGCGGCACUCAGGUGGGGGCUCUCGAGAUGGACACCGCUACUCCCGUUCGCCUGCCCGGCGUGGCGGUUACGGGCCCCGGCGCAGAAGCAGGAGCCGCUCCCGCUCAGGGGACCGGUACAGGCGGGGCGGCCGGGGGCCCCGGCACCACAGCAGUAGCCGCAGCCGCAGCAGCUGGUCCCUCAGCCCGUCCCGAAGUCGCAGCCUGACUCGCAGCCGCAGCCCCAGCCAGAGCCGCAGCCGCAGCCAGAGCCGCAGCCGCAGCCCCAGCCGUAGCCGCAGCCACUCGCCGUCGCCCCCAAGGGAGAAGCUGGGCAGGCCGGCAGCGUCCCCCGCUGUGGGCGAGAAGCUGAAAAAGACCGAACCUGCCGCUGGUAAAGAGACAGGAGCUGCCAAACCCAAGCUGACGCCCCAGGAGAAGCUGAAGCUGAGGAUGCAGAAGGCACUGAACAGGCAGUUCAAGGCGGAUAAGAAGGCAGCUCAGGAGAAGAUGAUCCAGCAGGAGCAUGAGCGCCAGGAGCGGGAAGACGAGCUUCGAGCCAUGGCCCGCAAGAUCCGUAUGAAGGAACGGGAACGCCGAGAGAAGGAGAGAGAAGAAUGGGAACGCCAGUACAGCCGGCAGAGCCGCUCGCCCUCCCCCCGUUACAGUCGAGAAUACAGCUCUUCCCGAAGGCGCUCAAGGUCCAGAUCCCGAAGCCCCCAUUACCGACAUUAGGCAGAAGCGUGGAGGGGCAGAGGGAUGAGGGGGUGGGGUGAGGGCUCAAGCUGUGAUGCUGCUGGUUUUAUCUCUAAUGGAAUAAAAUCACACAUUAUUUAAUUCUCUUCA